AUGCUUCUUCCGCGAGCAGACCAAAUGGUGCUGACUGAGAUUGGAGCCGAUCAACUAGGCAGUGAAAUGAUGUAUCUAAGGCUGGGAGGAGUCGACUGGAUCUUCCUGAACUCGUCGAGGGUGGUGGAAGACCUCCUGGAAAAGCGUUCCUCGAUCUACUCCAGCAGGCCGGCGUUCGUCAUGGUUGGGGAGAUCAUCUCGCGGAUGAAGAGGCUCGUUCUCCAGCCCUACGGGCCCCAAUGGAAAGAACUGAGGAGAGUGAUGCAUAUCCUUCUCACUGGCAGCUCUGCAGACUCAUAUCGGCCCCUGGAGGAUCUGGAGUCAAAGGAAGCUAUGUGGGAAAUGCUGCAUGAGCCGGAGAAGUGGUAUCUCCAUACCAUCCGGUUUGCCGCGUCUUUCACCAUCGGUAUGAUCUACGGUAUCCGUCAGAAAGGACACUCGGAGCUUUUCCAGAAGGUUUCCGACGCUCAAGACGAGUUCCUGAGAAACAACGUACCAGGCACAUGGCUUGUUGACGACUACCCCCAACUGCAGAAACUCCCAGGAUUCCUCCAAUGGUGGCGUCCAUACGGAGACAAGGUCUACCGGACCACUCGAGACGCGUUCAAAGGCUACUACGAGCUUAUGGUAGAGAAUACCGAGAAGGGCAUCCAGAAGGACUGUUUCGCGACAAAAUUCUACAAGGAAACCGACUCAAAGAAGGGCGGCGGCUUCGACUUUGACCAGAAGCUCUUCACCACGGGCGGCCUCAUCGAAGCCGGGAGCGACACUACCAAGAACCAGCUCAAUAUGCUUGUUGCAGCCAUGGCGGCCGACCCGAAUACAUGGAUUGCAAAGGCUCGAGCCGAACUCGACAGCGUCUGCGGCGCCAACGCAGAACGCCUACCGACGUUCGACGACUGGGACGACUUGCCUUACAUCCAAGCCAUCAUGAAGGAGACCUUGCGGUGGCGACCCAACGUCAAUCCGACCGGUUUCCCGCACGCCCUGAUCAGAGACGACGAAUACGAAGGCUAUCGAUUCCCCGCCGGUACCGUAGUCACCAUCAACAACUGGGCCAUCAGCUUGAAUCCAAACGAGUAUGAUAACCCGACUGAAUUCAACCCGGACCGUUUCAUGAACGAGGAUCUAUGGAAUCCGACAAAGGGACACUAUGGCUAUGGUGCGGGCCGGAGGACAUGUGCGGGCUUCAAGGUCGCUCAAAACUCCAUGUUCAUCUUCUUCAGUCGCUUUAUCUACUGCUUCGAUGUCUACGAGGAUCCGAACAAUCCUAUCGACACGUUCCACAUCCCUCUGACUCCACCGCCUGGCAAGGCCAACGACCCACCCUUUCCCGCCAGAGUCAAGGUCCGCAGCGAAGCACAUAGAGCAUUGAUACUGCGGGAAUGUGAAAGUGCGACCAAGCAGUAUGACUGA